CUUGUAUCUACCUGUCCCUAUGUCCCCCUGUCCCCAUGUCUGUCCUUGUAUCUACCUGUCCCUGUGUCCCCCUGUCCCUAUGUCUGUCCUUGUAUCUACCUGUCCCUAUGUCCCCCUGUCCCUAUGUCUGUCCCUGUGUCCCAGUCAAUCUGUCCCUGUGUCUCCAUCGCAGUGUGAGGAUGCUGGAGCAGGUGAUACCCAGUUUGGAGAUGUUGUAGACCAGACUCUGCCCCCUGUGAGUGCCCGGGACCCCUCUGAUGGGACGGGCAGACCAGGGAGCCCCCGCCCUCCUCCUCCUGACACCCGCGGCCACGUCUGAAUGGGGCUCAUUGUCCGGACAGAGGGAGCAGAGAGAGGAGGGUCGGUCCCAGGGAGAGCAGGAGGUGAGUCCAUGAUGGGGGACACAGGCUGAGUGCGAUCUGACAGAGAUAUUAUGAGAUACAGAGAGAGAGGGAGAGAGAGAGACAUCUAUAGAUACAGAGAGAGAGAGAAAGAGACAUCUAUAGAUACAGAGAGAGAGAUAGAGAGAUAGAGAGAGACAUCUAUAGAUACAGAGAGAGAGAGAGAUCUAUAGAUACAGAGAGAGAUAGAGACAUCUAUAGAUACAGAGAGAGAGAGAAACAUCUAUAGAUACAGAGAGAGAGAGAGAGAGACAUCUAUAGAUACAGAGAGAGAGAGAGAGAGAGACAUCUAUAGAUACAGAGAGAGAGAGAGAGAGAGACAUCUAUAGAUACAGAGAGAGAGAUAGAGACAUCUAUAGAUACAGAGAGAGAGAGAGAGACAUCUAUAGAUACAGAGAGAGGGAGAGACAUCUAUAGAUACAGAGAGAGAGAGAGAGAGACAUCUAUAGAUACAGAGAGAGAGAGAGAUAAAUCUAUAGAUACACAGAGAGAUGGAGAUACAGAUAUUUUGAUUGUUACAAAGUAUCAAACUAGAGAGAAUUCCACUGACAUCCCGAACACCGACUACUUACCUCCCCUCGCACAGGAGAACACCAACCGCCCACGUACUGCUGAAACAAGGGGCCACCAACUGCCCCCAGACCCUCACUAACUCUGAUCCAACAAGGGACCACCAACUGCCCCAGCCCCUCACUAACUCUGAUCCAACAAGGAACCACCAACUGCCCCCAGCCCCUCACUAACUCUGAUCCAACAAGUGACCACCAACUGCCCCAGCCCCUCACUAACUGAUCCAACAAGGAACCACCAACUGCCCCCAGCCCCUCACUAACUCUGAUCCAACAAGGAACCGCCAACUGCCCCUAGCCCCUCACUAACUCUGAUCCAACAAGGAACCACCAACUGCCCCCAGCCCCUCACUAACUCUGAUCCAACAGGUAACCACCAACUGCCCCAGCCCCUCACUAACUCUGAUCCAACAAGGAACCACCAACUGCCCCCAGCCCCUCAACUAACCUGAUCCAACAAGUAACCACCAACUGCCCCCAGCCCCCCGCUAACUCUGAUCCAACAAGUAACCACCAACUGCCCCCAGCCCCCCCAGUAACUGAUCCAACAAAGGACCACCAACUGCCCCCAGCCCCCCCACUACCUCUGAUCCAACAAGUAACCACCAACUGCCUCCAGCCCCUCACUAACUCUGAUCCAACAAGUAACCACCAACUGCCCCCAGCCCCCCACUCAACUCUGAUCCAACAAGGCAACCACCAACUGCCCCAAGCCCCCUCACUCAACUCUGAUCCAACAAGGGACCACCAACUGCCCCUAGCCCCCACCAACUCUGAUCCAACAAGUAAGCAACCAACUGCCCCAGCCCCUCACUAACUCUGAUCCAACAAGGGGACCUCACCAACUGCCCCCAGCCCUCACCAACUCCGCCAUCCAACAAGUAACCACCAACUGCCCCCAGCCCUCACUAUCCCUGAUCCAACAAGUAACCACCAACUGCCCCCAGCCCCUCACUAACUCUGAUCCAACAAGUAACCACCAACUGCCCCCAGCCCUCACUAACUCUGAUCCAACAAGGGACCACCAACUGCCCCAGCCCUCACUAACCCCUGGAUCCAACAAGUAAACACCAACUGCCCCCAGCCCCCUCAGCUAACUCUGAUCCAACAAGUAACCACCAACUGCCCCUUGCCCUCACUAACUCUGAUCCAACAAGGGACCAACACCAACUGCCCCUACUACUCAAUCCCCUGAUCCAAGGACCACCAACUGCCCCUCAGCCCCCCACUAACUCUGGAUCCAACAAGUAACCAACACCAACUGCCCCCAGCCCCUCACUAACUCUGAUCCAACAAGUAACCACCAACUGCCCCAGCCCUCACUUAACUCUGAUCCAACAAGUAAACCACCAACUGCCCCCAGCCCCCCAGUAACCGCCGAUCCAACAAGGACCACCAACUGCCCCAGCCCCUCACUAACUCUGAUCCAACAAGGGACCACCAACUGCCCCCAGCCCCUCACUACCUCUGAUCCAACAAGUAACCACCAACUGCCCCCAGCCCCCCAGUAACUGAUCCAACAAGGACCACCAACUGCCCCCAGCCCCUCACUAACUCUGAUCCAACAAGUAACCACCAACUGCCCCUAGCCCCUCACUAACUCUGAUCCAACAAGGAACCACCAACUGCCCCCAGCCCCCCCAGUAACCGAUCCAACAAGGGACCACCAACUGCCCCCACCACCUCCACUAACUCUGAUCCAACAAGGGACCACCAACUGCCCCCAGCCCCCACUACCUCUGAUCCAACAAGUAGCCACCAACUGUCCCCAGCCCCUCACUACCUCUGAUCCAACAAGGAACUACCAACUACUUCCAGCACCCCACUAACUUUGAUUCAACAAGGGACCACCAACUGCCCCAGCCCCCCACUAACGCUGAUCCAAUAAGGAACCACCAACUGCCCAAGCCCCCCACUAACUCUGAUCCAACAAGGGACCACCAACUGCCCCCAGACCCCCAUUAACUCUGAUCCAACAAGGGACCACCAACUGUCCUACUGGCACAGCUUUUAGGUGAAAUACAAACUAUCCGGUUCCUGGUCAGAGGAAUCCUGUCUAUGUAACAUGUAAAUGAUAUACAGACUGUAUGAAUUAAUAUGCUGCAUGGAGUCAUAUGAUAAAAGAACAGAAUUCACGUAAAUUAUAUAUUUUUUUCCUUUGAGAAUAAAAAAUGACAAAAAUAGUUGAUUUAAUAGUUUAUCAUUACAUUCAGCAUCACUCUCAAUUAGUUAAAGGUCAUAGAAGAAUGGGGAUGUCCUCACACCUGGCUUGUCAUUGCAACAUGUUAACCACCCCUACCCCCCUCCUGGGACCCCCUGAUAUGGGCCUGUCUUGUGAUGUACAAAUCUAAUUUCUCAUUAACUGAUAAAGAAAGUCUGUUCAAAACCUCAAAUUAUAACAGCAAACCAUUACUCCGAGAACAAAAAGUGUUUUGUAUGAAAAAUCAGGAGAAUCUGAUCAUGUGAGAUCCAGUUAUAGAGCUAUAGUUACAGCUAGUCGGGCGCAAUCCAGAGAGUAAACAGCCGCGGGAGGAUUCAUCUAACCUCCCAUCCAUCUAUCCUCCUACCCACCCAUCCAUUAUCCACUUGCCUACUUACCUACCCACCUAUCUAACCACCUACCUACUUACCUACCCACCUAUCUAACCACCUACCUACUUACCUACCCACCUAUCUAACCACCUACCUACUUACCUACCCAUGUAUCUAACCACCUACCUACCCAUCUAACCACCUACCUACUUACCUACCCAUCUAACCACCUACCUACCCAUCUAUCUAACCACCUACCUACCCAUCUAUCUAACCACCUACCUACUUACCUACCCAUCUAUCUAACCACCUACCUACUUACCUACCCAUGUAUCUCUCUAUCCACCCACCCACCUACUUACCUAUCCACCCACCUAUCCAUCUACCUACCUACUUACCUAUCCACCUGCCUACUUACCCACCCAUCUAUCCACCUAUCCAUCUGUCUAUCUUUCUGUCUAUCUUUCUAUCUAUUAAUGUCUGGAUCUAUCAAUGUUUAUAUCUAUCUGUCCAGGUCUGAUUAUCCCCCUCUAUACAAUAUAUUUAUCUAGUCCUGUAUAUGGAGUUUACAGAGAGCUGUAGUCGCAUAACAAAGUUUGGGGCAAUUUGAGGCCAAUCCAUAUUGUAACAGCUUAUUGCCUUGUUAUUAGAUGUGACUAGGCAACAAGACAGACGUAUCAGUGACAGGGAGUGCACACAUCCCAUUCCAGCUCCUAUUGCAGUGUGCGCUCUGCACCUGUGUGUAUCUAGCACAUAUCUGUGAGAAUUACAGGGUACGGUGUGAGUUUGGAAUAAAAGGACGACGCAGGUCACUGGGGUCACACACGGUGCAGACAGACAGAUUAUAACGCUAUAGGAUGUACUCACUCUAGAUUAAUGAUAUUGGAAUCUUAAUGGCAAAACCAGGAUCUAAAACAACGGAUCUGGGAAAAUCCCCAACUCCGCUUCAGUGUUUUAGCCUAAACAUUGUCACUCAGAUUUAAAUAUAAUACAUUUCACAGAUCAGUGAAGCAACAAACCCGUUUGGGGAAAAAUAUUAAAUAAUCAAACAUAUAGUCAGUAGAUAGUGUUAUAUGCAGAUAGGAAAACAAACAAAAAGGAAAUGUUAAUCUGACAUUGCUAUAAUAUUCAGGACAAAAAAAAGCCUUAUUUUGUAUAUUUUUUGAAAGCCCUGUAGAUGAAAAUUAAAUUUGAUGUAUUUUGUGUAACUAUUAUUUUGCACAGAAUGUAUCAGAACUGUUUCUUCCUCCUAGUAAAAAUAAUAUAAAUAUGUAGGGUCGGUAAAACACAUAUAUAAUAUAUUUAGAAUUUUUAAAAAAAAAAAAUUUUUAAGUCUAUUAUUUUAUAUUUUACUCCUUUUCUUUACUUCCUUCACCAUAUCAGAAAGUACUAGUAGUAUGGUAAGCAACCCCCAUUUUGAUAUAUUGCACAGUGAGAACAUUUAAAGAACCGAGGGCAGAUAUAUUUAACAUGACGAUUGCCAUACAUUCAGUAAGUAACAGAACUCUCCCCAAAUAAUAGCUUUGUGCACCUUCCAGAAGAGUGCCUAGAAGUGGAAUAAUGGUAUGUUGUAUAGAUGGUUUCUAAAUGGUUUUGAUAGAAUGCUAUUGUUCUCAUAAGAAUGGUAUCGAUAUUUAUCAGAUAAACAGAUGCUAAGUUAAAGUUAUUCAUUAACCCUGAGGGGUUGGGCAUGAGAUCGAAGGUUGCUUAAAAUAUAAUAAAAUAAUGAAAGAUUAUCUCCAAGCUAGCUAUGAGGAAUGAAAGACGACAAGUGGCAGAUUUGAGGGGGACCUGGUCUAGUACUGUCGCCAUCACUGCAACCCUGUCACCAAGCAACCAAAACCGCGGCAUGACAUGGCUAGGUGAUGCUAUAGACAUCUUCUGAUAUGGAAAGCCAUUAACAUCCAUUGUGAUGACUCUUAGUGUGUUGUUGUGAACGUAAUGGUGCCAGGAGCGUGUGAUAAAACGGGGGGAGUCCUCUAUUUUAGCUUGGUUUUUUUUCUGCCUCUUAUUUUGAUGUUUUUCCACUGGACUCCAUCCAAGGUAUUUUAUUGGAUCGCCAUUGUGGAGUGUGAGGCCUGUCGCUGCUUGUCGGUCGUAUCAGCCCAUUGUUGGGUCACAGAGGAGGCCUUCUUCCAAUGCUUUUACCCUGUACGUACGUACUGGUUUUGAUUUCUUUAGUCACCACUGCGAGUUGAAGAAGAAGCACAAAUUAUUUAACAGUUGCCAGAUGUUCCCGAUAGUUGUGGAGUUAUUCAGUUUCUCAGUCGGCAGACGAGUACAGAAUCCCCACUGUGGUUAGAAUAUUGCCGAUUGUAUCUGAACUGGUGUCCCCAGAAGCAAAAUAGUGGAUUUCAACUUGCGCCUCCAUUUUAGACUGGGAUCUGUUCAUCAAUAGAUUUUCCAUAUUCUGAGAGCUUCUGCACUCGACGGCUUUAUAUAUUUCCCACCUUCACUCUUCCCUUCCCCCUGUAGGGAGUAAUGAUAAUUGUAGUAAUAAGAGUAAUUCUGACAAAAAAUAAACAAUUUAAAAAAAGGGUUUUUAAGGCCAAAGAACAGAACUUAUGAUCUGUGUGACGGUUCUCCUCAAUGGAGAGUUAGAAAAACUAUUACACCAGUAAUUGUAAACACAACACAAACAUGGCAUUAGAUUAUAAAGACACGAGUAAAACACAAAAACAGUGUAACAGAGCUUUGCCAUGCAAGAUAAUUCCUUUUUAAUUUAAAACGUAAUAUGAGAAGUCAGUGGUACUAUAUCGGUGUUAUUACAGUCUGACCAAGAUCAUGCCUGUAUGAAAAUGUGAGAGAAUGAGAGAAAGAAAAGAGAGGGAGAAACAGGGGGAGAGAGAAAGAAAAGAGAGGGAGAAACAGGGGGAGAGAGAAAGAAAAGAGAGGGAGAAACCGGGGAGAGAGAAAGGCAGAGAGGGAGAAAUUGGGGAAGAGACAAAGAAAGAGAGAGAGAGAAAUGAGGAAGAGAGACAAAGGCAGAGAGGGAGAAAGAGGGGAGAGAGACAAAGAAAGAGAGGGAGAAAGGGGGAGAGAGACAAAGAAAGAGAGGGAGAAAGGGGGAGAGAGACAAAGAAAGAGAGGGAGAAACGGGGAGAGAGACAAAGAAAGAGAGGGAGAAACGGGGAGAGAGACAAAGAAAGAGAGGGAGAAACAAGGGGAGAGAGACAAAGGAAGAGAGGGAGAAACGGGGAGAGAGACAAAGGAAGAGAGGGAGAAAUGGGGAGAGAGACAAAGGAAGAGAGGGAGAAAUGGGGAGAGAGACAAAGGAAGAGAGGGAGAAACGGGGAGAGAGACAAAGGCAGAGAGGGAGAAACGGGGAGAGAGACAAAGGAAGAGAGGGAGAAACAGAGAGAGAAAGAGAGGGAAGAGAGGGAGAAACAAGGGGAGAGAGACAAAGGAAGAGAGGGAGAAACAAGGGGAGAGAGACAAAGGAAGAGAGGGAGAAACAAGGGGAGAGAGACAAAGGAAGAGAGGGAGAAACCGGGGGAGAGAGACAAAGGAAGAGAGGGAGAAACCGGGGGAGAGAGACAAAGGAAGAGAGGGAGAAAUAGAGAAAGCGAAAGGGAGAGAGGAAAGAGGAAAGAGCGAGAUUAACCCCUUAAAGGACCACUCUAGGCACCCAGACCACUUCAGCUUAAUGAAGUGGUCUGGGUGCCAAGUCCUUCUAGGGUUAACCCAUUUUUUUUAUAAACAUAGCAGUUUCAGAGAAACUGCUAUGUUUAUUAAUGGGUUAAGCCUUCCCCCUAAUCCUCUAGUGGCUGUCUCAUUGACAGCCACUAGAGGCGCUUGCGUGCUUCUCACCGUGAUUUUCACAGUGAGAGCACGCCAGCGUCCAUAGGAAAGCAUUGUAAAUGCUUUCCUAUGCGACCGGCUGAAUGCGCGCGCAGCUCUUGCCGCGUGCGCAUUCAGCCGACGGGGAGGAGAAGAGGAGGAUCGAGGAGGAGAGCUCCCCGCCCAGCGCUGGAAAAAGGUAAGUUUUUACCCCUUUCCCCCUUCCAGAGCCGGGCUGGAGGGGGUCCCUGAGGGUGGGGGCACCCUCAGGACACUAUAGUGCCAGGAAAACGAGUAUGUUUUCCUGGCACUAUAGUGGUCCUUUAAGGACACAACUUUUGGAAUAAAAGGGAAUCAUGACGUACUAGUUCCAUCAUGUGUCCUUAAGGAGUUAAAGAGCUCUCUCGCUGGCCCAGUGCACCUACUGUAGGGCCCUUUGUCUGCACCUUUGGUGAAGAUGUGUAUUGACCAACGCUGCCCAUAUUUUGCCAGCCAGAAUAAUAUGGGAUUGGUUGGAAAUUCUGUGUCGAUGUAGACUAUGAUCUCAUUGGCUAGAUAUCCCACUUUGUGCUUUCAUUUUUUUUACCAUAACAAAACGCACAGCAGUGACAAGUGGACACAUACGAGAGUGGACUUAUUACAAUACAGAGAUCACUGUAUGAGUAACAUUAGUAAUGAGACAUAAUUUAAAGAAAGGGAAAUAAAAAAACUUCCCACAAUAUUUAACAGUACAGAGGGAGGUGGCAUUGGUUUGGAAUGAGCAGUGGAGAUUGGCAUGAGCAGCACAGCAGGUAAAGCAUCCAGCCCUGACACCAGCAAGAAGCCCCACAUCCGGGUUAGAGCGUCUGGAGCCACUUUACCCCUGGUGUUAUCACUCCAUGAUGUGGCUGUACGAAAACAAAUUAAAAAGAAAUGGGAAAAUGGCUUUACUCGUGUUUUUUUUCCCAUCACCGAGAUCUAGCCUCUGUAUCUACUCGAUCUAUGUCCAGUGACAAACUAUGGUGUGGCACUCUAGGGUAAUGAUAGUAAAGUCCAAUGCUUUGUUUGGUACCACGGGGUGGAGGACCUCUACAUCCAAACUGUAGCAAAAGUAGAGAAUCCACAGGUUGAUCAGUGUAGGCACAUUAGUGUCGGUUAUAUAGGUUUAGGAAUAAAAAAAAUAAGUUUUGGCCCAUAUGCCUUAGUCAUAUAUAGUAUACAUAUAUGGAUUGAAAUAUUGUAUUUUUCGGUUUGUGUCCCUGUUUUUAAUAAACCUACACUUAUGUAUCAACCAUGUUCAACCUGUGGAUUCUCUGCUACAGAUUCCCGCAAUGUCACGUAGAUGCUUCUUCUUGUCCAAGCCAGUGCUUUUUCAUUGAGGGGCAAAAAAAUGCAUGCACGGCCCGCGCUAAAUUCCUCCAAUUAAAUAAAGAUUAGCAGUACAAACAAAGUUUGACUUGGUUCUCACAGUGGGAUGGGGCAGAGUGGGGCAACAACCACAGACUGUCUCUGAUGCUGGUAACAAGUGUUCUGUUUUGUGCAAUGAUAAACUUACAUGAGAUGCUACAGCAAACAUUUCACAGAGAAGCAGGAGAGAAAUUAAAAUAUUCUUAUUUUACAAAUUACAUUCUCUGACCUGUUUAGGAGUUAACCAAUGCAAGUUACAACUAGGGAAAGACCCAAUAAAAUACUCCAAAAUAUGCAGAGUACACCUGUUAGCGCUAUAUAAAUAAAAUAUACAUACACUGUAUACCUACUGCACUCACUGUACCUCCCUCUACUGUAAUGUAACCUGUAAAGUGCUGAGUACACCUGUUAGCGCUAUAUAAAUAAAAUAUACAUACACUGUAUACCUACUGCACUUACUGUACCUCCCACUACUGUAAUGUAACCUGUAAAGUGCGAAAUAUACAGGUUAGUGCUAUAUAAAUAUAAUAUACAUACACAGUAUACCUACUGCACUUACUGUACCUCCCUCUACUGUAAUGUAACCUGUAAAGUGCUGAGUACACCUGUUAGCGCUAUAUAAAUAAAAUAUACAUACACUGUAUACCUAGUGCACUUACUGUACCUCCUUCUACUGUAAUGUAACCUGUAAAGUGCUGAGUACACCUGUUAGUGCUAUAUAAAUAAAAUAUACAUACACUCUAUACCUACUGCACUUACUGUACCUCCCACUACUGUAAUGUAACCUGUAAAGUGCGAAAUAUACAGGUUAGUGCUAUAUAAAUAUAAUAUACAUACACAGUAUACCUACUGCACUUACUGUACCUCCCUCUACUGUAAUGUAACCUGUAAAGUGCUGAGUACACCUGUUAGUGCUAUAUAAAUAAAAUAUACAUACACUGUAUACCUAGUGCACUUACUGUACCUCCCUCUACUGUAAUGUAACCUGUAAAGUGCUGAGUACACCUGUUAGUGCUAUAUAAAUAAAAUAUACAUACACUGUAUACCUACUGCGCUUACUGUACCUCCCUCUACUGUAAUGUAACCUGUAAAGUGCUGAGUACACCUGUUAGCGCUAUAUAAAUAAAAUAUACAUACACUGUAUACCUACUGCACUUACUGUACCUCCCUCUACUGUAAUGUAACCUGUAAAGUGCGGAGUACACCUGUUAGCGCUAUAUAGAUAAAAUAUACACACACUGUAUACCUAUUGUACCUACUGUACCUCCCUCUACUGUAAUGUAACCUGUAAAGUACUGAGUACACCUGUUAGUGCUAUAUAAAUAAAAUAUACAUACACUGUAUACCUACUGCACUCACUGUACCUCCCUCUACUGUAAUGUAACCUGUAAAGUGCUGAGUAUACCUGUUAGCGCUAUAUAAAUAUAAUAUACAUACACUGUAUACCUACUGCACUUACUGUACCUCCCUCUACUGUAAUGUAACCUGUAAAGUGCAGAAUAUACAGGUUAGUGCUAUAUAAAUACAGGGAGUGCAGAAUUAUUAGGCAAGUUGUAUUUUUGAGGAUUAAUUUUAUUAUUGAACAACAACCAUGUUCUCAAUGAACCCAAAAAACUCAUUAAUAUCAAAGCUGAAUAUUUUUGGAAGUAGUUUUUAGUUUGUUUUUAGUUUUAGCUAUGUUAGGGGAUAUCUGUGUGUGCAGGUGACUAUUACUGUGCAUAAUUAUUAGGCAACUUAACAAAAAACAAAUAUAUACCCAUUUCAAUUAUUUAUUAUUACCAGUGAAACCAAUAUAACAUCUCAACAUUCACAAAUAUACAUUUCUGACAUUCAAAACAAAACAAAAACAAAUCAGUGACCAAUAUAGCCACCUUUCUUUGCAAGGACACUCAAAAGCCUGCCAUCCAUGGAUUCUGUCAGUGUUUUGAUCUGUUCACCAUCAACAUUGCGUGCAGCAGCAACCACAGCCUCCCAGACACUGUUCAGAGGUGUACUGUUUUCCCUCCUUGUAAAUCUCACAUUUGAUGAUGGACCACAGGUUCUCAAUGGGGUUCAGAUCAGGUGAACAAGGAGGCCAUGUCAUUAGAUUUUCUUCUUUUAUACCCUUUCUUGCCAGCCACGCUGUGGAGUACUUGGACGCGUGUGAUGGAGCAUUGUCCUGCAUGAAAAUCAUGUUUUUCUUGAAGGAUGCAGACUUCUUCCUGUACCACUGCUUGAAGAAGGUGUCUUCCAGGAACUGGCAGUAGGACUGGGAGUUGAGCUUGACUCCAUCCUCAACCCGAAAAGGCCCCACAAGCUCAUCUUUGAUGAUACCAGCCCAAACCAGUACUCCACCUCCACCUUGCUGGCGUCUGAGUCGGACUGGAGCUCUCUGCCCUUUACCAAUCCAGCCACGGGCCCAUCCAUCUGGCCCAUCAAGACUCACUCUCAUUUCAUCAGUCCAUAAAACCUUAGAAAAAUCAGUCUUGAGAUAUUUCUUGGCCCAGUCUUGACGUUUCAGCUUGUGUGUCUUGUUCAGUGGUGGUCGUCUUUCAGCCUUUCUUACCUUGGCCAUGUCUCUGAGUAUUGCACACCUUGUGCUUUUGGGCACUCAGUGAUGUUGCAGCUCUGAAAUAUGGCCAAACUGGUGGCAAGUGGCAUCGUGGCAGCUGCACGCUUGACUUUUCUCAGUUCAUGGGCAGUUAUUUUGCGCCUUGGUUUUUCCACACGCUUCUUGCGACCCUGUUGACUAUUUUGAAUGAAACGCUUGAUUGUUCGAUGAUCACGCUUCAGAAGCUUUGCAAUUUUAAGAGUGCUGCAUCCCUCUGCAAGAUAUCUCACUAUUUUUGACUUUUCUGAGCCUGUCAAGUCCUUCUUUUGACCCAUUUUGCCAAAGGAAAGGAAGUUGCCUAAUAAUUAUGCACACCUGAUAUGGGGUGUUGAUGUCAUUAGACCACACCCCUUCUCAUUACAGAGAUGCACAUCACCUAAUAUGCUUAAUUGGUAGUGGGCUUUCGAGCCUAUACAGCUUGGAGUAAGACAACAUGCAUAAAGAGGAUGAUGUGGUCAAAAUACUCAUUUGCCUAAUAAUUCUGCACUCCCUGUAUAAUAUACAUACACUGUAUACCUACUGCACUUACUGUACCUCCCUCUACUGUAAUGUAACCUGUAAAGUACUGAGUACACCUGUUAGCGCUAUAUAAAUAAAAUAUACAUACACUGUAUACCUACUGAACUUACUGUACCUCCCAUACCGUAAUGUAACCUGUAAAGUACUGAGUACACCUGUUAGCGCUAUAUAAAUAAAAUAUACAUACACUGUAUACCUACUGCACUCACUGUACCUCCCUCUACUGUAAUGUAACCUGUAAAGUGCUGAGUACACCUGUUAGCGCUAUAUAAAUAUAAUAUACACACACUGUAUACCUACUGCACUUACUGUACCUCUCUCUCUACUGUAAUGUAACCUGUAAAGUGCUGAGUACACCUGUUAGCGCUAUAUAAAUAUAAUAUACAUACACUGUAUACCUACUGCACCUCCCUCUACUGUAAUGUAACCUGUAAAGUGCUGAGUACACCUGUUAGCACUAUAUAAAUAUAAUAUACAUACAAUGUAUACCUACUGCACUUACUGUACCUCCCUCUACUGUAAUGUAACCUGUAAAGUGCUGAGUACACCUGUAAGCGCUAUAUAAAUAAAAUAUACAUACACUGUAUACCUACUGCACUUACUGUACCUCCCUCUACUGUAAUGUAACCUGUAAAGUGCUGAGUACACCUGUUAGCUUGAUAUAAAUAUAAUAUACAUACACUGUAUACCUACUGCACUUACUGUACCUCCCUCUACUGUAAUGUAACCUGUAAAGUGCUGAGUACACCUGUUAGCUUGAUAUAAAUAAAAUAUACAUACAAUGUAUACCUACUGCACUUACUGUUCCUCCCUCUACUGUAAUGUAACCUGUAAAGUGCUGAGUACACCUGUUAGCGCUAUAUAAAUAAAAUAUACAUACACUGUAUACCUACUGCACUUACUGUACCUCCCUCUACUGUAAUGUAACCUGUAAAGUGCUGAGUACACCUGUUAGCGCUAUAUAAAUAAAAUAUACAUACACUGUAUACCUACUGCACUUACUGUACCUCCCUCUACUGUAAUGUUUAUUUAUAUAGCGCUAACAGGUGUACUCAGCCCCAUCCUAUGAGAAUAGGACCUGUAAUUCGAGAUGGUCCCAUUGGAUCUAAGACAGUUGGUAGCCCUGCUUACAUAUAUUAUAUACACACACAACAUCACUUCAAGAUCUAUCAUUACAAUAUACAUAUUAGAGUCUUAUGGAGUUCAGCAUGUGCUUUGUCUAUGUAUCUACGGUGUUAUGGUGGAGACCUUUUACAUAGUGUAGGGGAACACUUCAAUAGUUAAUCUAAACAGGAGAUCUCCCAUCCCUCCAAGCAUUGAAUGUCGACUGUAACUACCAGAGGCCUUUUAUUUCAAAGGUUGCAUUUUGUGUAGAAUGUGGCAGCGGGGUACGUUUAGUAGCCAGACAGAUCCAUUAAGUAGCCAGACAGAUCUAAUUAGCUGCUGACUUGUUUGAGUGCAUUCCCAGGUCUCUGUAUAAAUACUCAGAGUUAGAGAUUAGGAAUGAGCCGUGACUCCCUGGGUCCGGAGACACAUCAAGCCAUCUUGUAACAAAUACAAACAUUGUGUGUUUAGUGAAUUCCAGUCAUUUAGUGUCUGUGCUUGGCUGGUUAGACCAAGAUUCCUCUACCAUUCCUUUCCCAUGUAUUAUUAUUAUUAAUUAUUAUUAUUGCCAUUUAUGUAGCGCCAACAGAUUCCGUCACGCUUCAAAAUAUCAUGAGAGGGGGGAUGUAAUUAUAAAUAGGACAAUUACAGGAACGAUAGGUUGGAGAGGACCCUGCUCAAACGAGCUUACAAUCUAUAGGAGGUGGGGUAUAAAACACAUUAGGACAGGAAAUUGCAAUCAAAUAAGGUGGGAGUGAAGCAGAGCUGGAGGAGAGAGUAAAGCAUUGUCCUAUAGGAGAGGGCAAGAGACAGGUGUGUGAGGUAGAAGUUACUCUGUUUCCUCCCAAACUGUCUUGGGAGAUGGGUUUUAAGGCACUUCUUAAACGAUUGAAGACUAGGGGAGAGUCUGAUGGCGGUAGGCAGGCUAUUCCAUAGGAAGGGAGACGCCCGUGAGAAGGCCUUCGUCUUUCAUGUCCUUUACGAGAUUCAAAGAGAGUAGUUUUUUUAGACGAAGCACUUAAUGCCCUAUCUUUGGUAUUUAUUGCCAUUUAUCUGGAUAUUUGCUUGGAGUAAACACUGUGCUUUUAACAUGUUUUCUUGCUGGGCUGGAAAAAGGAUAUUUCUCGGUUUUCUCGGUUUCUUUUAUUGACGGUGUUAUAUGUUUGCUUUUUUCCCCUCAUAGUGUUUAGUGCUAUGUGCAAAGCAAAAUCAGCAAGUCUAAAACAUUUUUUUUAAAUCAAUAUUUGUAUUUUGGGUUUGCAAUUAGUUUCCAUUCUGAAAAAAGGGUAAUAUGACAUACACUAAACAAAAUUAUAAAUACAACACUUUUGUUUUUGCCCCCAUUUUUCAUGAGGUAAACUCAAAGCUCUAAGACUUUUUCUAUGUACACAAAAGGCCCAUUUCUCUCAAAUAUUGUCCAUAAAUCUGUCUGAAUCUGUGUUAGUGAGCACUUCUCCUUUGCCGAGAUUAUCCAUCCACCUCACAGGUGUGGCAACAUCUGUCUGGCAUCUAUGUAAGAACAUACCAAGGAUGGUGAGACAAGAGCCCACAUCUGGGACAGUCACACCAAAUCCAAGACAGUUUGGGAGGAAACAGAAAUCACAUUUUACCAAUGGGAACAAUACCCCAGAGCUGAUUUUUCAAGUUCAAAAUGGUAUAAAAAACCAUAGCCCUAUGGCUGGUAAGCACAACGCAGAACAAUACAUGGGGGUUUGGGGCUGGGAGGAGAGAGAGACAUGCACCCCCAUAUAUAGUUAGCAUAUGGUUUAGAAAGUGCUUUGUUGCCCUGGGAUUAAGCCAUAGUGCACAGUUAAGGAGUUAUUCGUGUCUUCGGUCGAUGUUUGUGUGAAUGUUUGCUUUUCCUGCAGUUUGUGGCGUGAAGCAGUGAAGUAUUAGAUUUUCAGUUUUAGAAUAAGCCAGUCGGCCACGCCAAGACUCCAAGUGGCCUUGAAUUUGGCAAAAUAUCAGCCCAGCUGUACAGAACUGACUGGCAGCUUAGAUUACAAGAAAGGAGCGUGGUGUUAAGGAUUCAGCUACGUGUCUCCACAGGUUUAGUUGCUGCAGUUACAAUAUUUAAAUAAUCUACUCAUUAAUGAGGAGACAGUCUAACUGGAGAAUGCCUAUAAAGCAGCAACGCUCGGUGACCGGGGACAAGAAACCAUUAACACUGGAAGUAAACGCUAGAACUAAUUAGUGGGACACGGUCAGCUUAACGCAGCCAGUACACAGUGCUUCAGGCUAGAUUGCUUGUUACAAUUUGUUACAGGAGUUCUGCUUGAUUGAAUGUGUCUGUGUGUAUUGUACUGGAUCAUAUAAAGUAAGGUGGGGAUAGUGACAGUAAAGGGGGAGAGGCAGAACUCACAAGGGAUUGACUGGAAUGAUUCAAACACCAAAUAAUGUUUCUUUGAGAGGAGAAUUUAGAUUUAUAUUAGCUGUUCUUUUUGUACGCCUGUGUUGUCACGCCAUCACGCCUCUCACCCAGCGUUAAUCUAAAUAAGAUAUACGAUAUGAUGGAUGUUACAUCGUAGCAAGAUGCACUGUGUUAUAUGAAGUACAGUGUCAGUAUACAGUGUGUACAAUCUGGUAGUGACUUCGAGAUCUGCUCAAUCUUGGUACUAUAAAUCAGGAAAGAAAAUUAUAACAACUCCUUGAAUGCUCCGAGCGAUGUUAAAUACACAAUAGUUUACUCAUUGUAAAUACUGCCAAUAAAAUAGGGGAAGAUGGAAAGGAUAGCUAUGGCACUUAAUCAUAGGCUCAGUUUAUGAACUGAUUGACGAGCUACUGAGAUCAAUAUAAUGUAAGGACCCUGCCCAAGUACUCCUUAUUUUGUUUCCAAACAUCUCUGUCCCUCUUUUCUAUCCUAAUUUCCCUCUUUUCUAAGAGCUCUAUUUUGUUGGUGUGUGAGUGUAUAACAGAGCUCCACAGAAAUAAUACUCCCAGGAAUGUGGAGCAACAAGAUGGCGCCGAACCAGAGACUGUGUGACCACAUGGGUGGGGGUUGGGACUUUCCCCUUUGUGACUCAGCGAGCUGUGUCACCUAUUGUUGGCUGUGUGUUAUUCCCUUUACCUAAUGCAUAAUGUUUUCCUGUGUAUGCAAAGUAGGUGUUCUGUGAUGGUGUAUCCUAUUGGUUAUUAAUGGGCUUAGUGUGAUUGGCUGUUUGUUUAGGCCCAGUUUGAUUGGUUGCUGUUCCAAACCUUCGUGCGUUUACUAAUGAGUUUACUUGUAUACAAAUGGGUGUGUGUAAUAAAAAUUAGUUCCUCUUCUACCCUCAAGCUGUUCGUGGGGUAGAGGUGUUCGCUGACUGAAUCUCCGUGAAUGGGCUGAUAUCUGUGGUUUGGCAGUGGAAGAAGCUGUUCAGACAGGUGUGCUCAGUCGGGGCACAGGAACCCGUCACACACAAGAUGUCCAUAUGGUGUAUGAAUCCCCAUAUUUGUUUGCUAAGAUUGGCGACAUUAGGUAGCCUCAUACAAUUUUAAUCCUGUUUUUUUCUGUACGCUGUUCCUUAAUCUGUAUUUUGUAAAUACAGUAUUUUGAUCUUUACAACAGCACCACUACUGAGAUACGCAUAGUCGGGGUGUGCCCCGCAAUUCCCAUUUGUUUUGAAUAUAUUUGGAAUCCAGACCAGAUUCCUAUUGGGUCGAUCACCCCACCCAUCCCUAUGUGUGCCCCUUGGGAGGUGACCUCAGGAAAGAAUACAUUUGAGGAGUCUCUCUAAAAAAGCAGUAAUUAUUGUAGUUAGCAUGUUAAUAUUAGUGUAGGAAUAUUGGGGGACUGUGACGUAGUGGUGGGUCUAACACAAUAUGGUCAUAUGGUGGAACUGAAUCCCCAUAUUUAUUUGCUAAGCUAGGUGACUAAGUAAAAUUUAAAACUAUAUAUAUUUUAUUUGUGUGUGCCGGUCCCUAAUCUGUAUUUUACUCAACCCAUGUCUCGCAGGCUUCAUUAUACAGUCACACCCUUAGCACAAAGCAUGGUCUCGCAAAUUCUGGCAACGGGUGGGUUGAUGCAAUAGAAUUGAGAUGAGAGAAGGCUAUAGAGUAACAGAGUCCUCCUGUGACUGUUAGUACUUAAAGGGGAACAGUCACAUCUCUGGAAAUUAGAGGAAAAUCCCCUACAUCGUCCGUUAACGUGUUGUUUUUUUCACGAUGCUCGGUUUUCUUUUAAAAUGUACAUUAUUGAUUCAGCCAUUGACAUCACAACCCAGUUCAGUGUUAGCACAGUCCGGGCAUAGAUUGCAAAUGAGGAGCGAAAAUAAAAACGGGGCAUAUUUUUUAUCAAACUGUUCUGAAAAGAGAUGGUUGGAUUCCUUGAUUAUCCAGAUCGCAUUUGUUAAAGUGAUCUAAAAAUUCACACUUUCCAUCAUAGUAAAUUCGUCAAGGUUUCACAGAAAUUCCCAUUUCAGAAGAGCGCCAGAUUUAUAGCGGUGGAAAAAAAAUCUGCUAUUCUUUAAUUGGAAAAAGUGGCCGAAGUUUUCUUAAAUCUGAUGUGUGUCGGUGUAUAAAUGUCGCAUAUACAAAACCAGCGGAUAGGUUGCGAAAAAAAAAGCAACAUAUGAAAAAAUCUGACAGAUUCGCAGAUAGUCAGAAAAGUGAUAACUAUCCCCCAUUGCUAGUUUCACUCUGUCGUAGUAGAGGAAGAUAGUCGCUAGAGGUGUGUUUAACCCUGCAAAACAAAUCAUUGCUGGGAUAAAACUAUACGGCAACUGCACCAGGACCACUUAAUUGAGAUGCAUUUAGUGGACCUUUAACCCCUUAAGGACACGACAUGUGUGACAUGUGAUGAUUCCCUUUUAUUCCAGAAGUUUGGUCCUUAAGGGGUUAAUUUAUUGUUUUGCGUUUUUUUUUGCUUGUCCCGUUGUUUAUGUCAGCAGAAUAUAAUGGUAUAAUAAUACAUAGGAUUGACAAGUGACAGAUGUGUUCAGCCUGCGCACUCCAUUACCACGUCAAUGGACUGUAGCAGUUAUGGUGCCCAGACUGUCACUUUUUUCUACAUGUGAUAUUGCACGAGGGCAUCUCACAAGGUUUUAAGGAACAUGCUGCCACCAUGUGGCACUAUUUACAGGAUAACAGCACAGUUAAAAUAUUUCGAACCAUAAAAAUACUCUAAGGAUACAAGGAAAGGCUGAUUAAAAAUGUGGUAAACUAAUAGAGAGAAUUAGCUACUAUAAUUUAAUAUGCUGAUUAAUACAUCAUACUCUCACCACAGAUUGCUUGUAGUGAAUCACUAACAUGUUUUACCAUCACUCAUACAUUUAAAAACAUUAAAAUGUAGUUUACUACAAGCAAUAGGAGCCCUGGACUUACUUGGAACAGCGAUCCGUGGCUACCCUCCCUGUCACAGGUGCCUCAUUCCAGGACCCUAUUUAGCCUUGACUUGCAGAGAGUCCCAGUAAGGAAGUAUUUCCCAAGUAAGUGGAUUAAUCUCAUAAGAGCAAGCAUUAGGCUGCUAGAGUAGGACCUGCCAAGAAUGGGGUACAUUGACGGUGUGGCAGGCUUAUGCAAUAUAUGAUCAAAUAAUGUAACUAAACCCCCAUUAUUUUUUGCCUAGAUGAUGUGUUUUUAAAUAAAACUAUUACAAUCUCUAAGAUUUGAAAUCAUUGUUUAGUGAAUAAGCGAGUGCGCUGGAUUCUGCAUUUUGUAUAUUUUGGCCCCAGUAGCACCCUUUAAUGUAUGCAUGUUCAGGUGAGUGUAGCCCUCUUGGUUUCAUAUAUAUACAUAUACACAUACACACACACACACACACAUAAUGUACAUUUAAAAAAAAAAAAAAUAUAUAUAUAUAUUUAUAUUUUAUACACAUUCUACAUAUAUUUAACUACAUAAUUAUUUGAUUUUAUGAAUUCUAAUUUGAGGGACCUGCCUGGCAACCCAGGCAGACAGUCCAGAGAAUUUAAUUGGCAAGCCCUAUAUUUAUUUAACCGCGUAACUUUCCAAAACACCAUAAAACCUGUACAUGGGGGGUAUUGUUAUACUCUGGAGACUUUGCUAAACACAAAUAUGAGUGUUUAAAAGCAUAAAACUGAUCACCACAAUGAUAUCGCCAGUAAAAGUGCAGUUUUUGUGUAAAAAAAAAAAAAAUGCAAAAAACAAAUAUGAAUGCUAACUUUGGCAAGCGUUUGUGGCUAAGUGGCUACUACAAAAUACUAGCCAUUCCCGAUUUUGAAGACCCUGGGUUGCCUACUUUUUCAAAUGGUAUGUCAUGGUGGGGUUAAUUUUUAUUUCUGGGCUGCAAUACCGUCUCAAAGGCAACAUAGGCCCAGUAAUCUGGCAAAUGGCAAUUUACAAAAACAGAAAUUGGCAAAUCUUAUGUUUGACCCUGUAACUUUUCAAAUCACCAUAAAACCUGUGCCUCAUGGGUACUGUUGUACACAUAAGACAUUACUCUACAUAAAUAUGAGUAUUUUAGGGGGGCGGGGCCUGACAGCCAAGAUGGCCGGUCGCACAGUCUAAGAGCUCCUGUAAUAAAGAGCAUAAACUGGCUACCACAGAGCGACCUAUCCACGAUGGCAACAAACAGUGCCCGGGGACCGAGCCAAGACACCAUGAGACAUAGAAUGGUACCGGUCCGGUCCCGAUGCGAUGCAGAGAAACCCGCGACGACCAUGCGGCCUUCGGCAGAGCAAAGCCUGAGGUCCGGGAGAGGCGGCCGCUCACCCGGCACAGGACACACUCACGAGCGAGAUUUCCACACAGCCCUGCUACCCCCCCUCUGGACCGGCGGGGGAUAUCCCGGUCCUCGCUGGGGGCGACUACCCCCACAAUAUUGCCUGACCAAGCGACGAUGUCUAAAGCAAAACGGAGAGAGCAAGGCCCAAACAAGAUGGCGGCACAGAAGCAGCCUACAAUUACGCGCCCACUCACUGAGCCUCCCAAGCAUACACGGGAGUUUUUUGACCGGCUCCGAACCAGCCUCUGGACACGGCUUAAUACACGGAGACUGACCUUCAAGCAGGUGAUGAGAGCAGUAGCGGGAUGGAUCCGCCCGGCACUCCGCCGCCAGCUGGGAGUAAACCCCCCUAGAGCCAGAACGGCCCCCAGACAGAGCCGGAGCAGAAGGCCACCACAGCGGGAAACGGUGCAAGAUUGCCUGGUCACCGGCACCAACGCCCCCACGCACCAAAUCGAAAUCCGCCGGUGCACCCGACCCACUCGCCCUACAGUGGCUCCAGAGACCUAUGCCCAGCAUGACACGCUGCCGCACAGGAGAACCCAUAGAACAGGCCGCAACACCGACCAGGAGACAGGGGGGUCGGCUACCCUGGAGAAGCCAUCAGCGUGCAAUCAGACCAUCUCUAAACGGGGCAUCGGCUGAAACAAACACUGGACCGAAUACCUGAGGCGGACGGCCGACACUGAGAGCCGUAAAACGCACUCAAAAGCCGGUGAUUUCCCCCUCCAUUGACUCUAACGCACUGUGCAACCUGCCAGUACCCUUUAUUUACUUUAAUCGGAUAUGUUUUACACGCUUAGUCAGCCUACUGUAACUCUAGGCAUCUCACUUCUUCAUAUGUUAAUGUAGCCUUAGUGUAUAUACCUAGAUCCGCAGUCUAGCCUGCUUACCAUGCAUGCACUAAUGAGCAUUUGCCUCACAAGCCAGACACACUAGCACAGGUUACUAACCUAGGUCAGACAUGUAAAUUUACCUCCUGUACCCACAACGCUGGCUAAUGCGACCUACAUUUACCAAUAACCUGAUCUACUCAAUACUUUUAAGUUUGAAUCCAAGUUAUCUCCACAUGACUAUGCCUAAAGCUGGCAAAUGUGUGCAAAUGUAUGCAAUUUACCUUUUUUUGAUGUACCAUAAAAUAGGGCAAUGUUUUGCUUUACAUCGUAGUCAGCAUAGGGUAAUCUAGCCCUCACAUAAUCUGUUACAUCGGAAAGGUAACAUUCGCUCCAUAGCAUCUUAAUCCAGUUUAAUACAACAAAACAAAAAAAAAAAAGAUUCAAUUAAGCGACUCACAAAACCGAAUCAACCACACUAGUUUGCUGGUAUAGUCACCGUUACACUAGACACAGCAUCUUAAUUUUAUUCCAGGAGCAGAAGUUAAGCAAAGAUUUUAUUUUAUGUUAUGAACAUGCUUAAGUAAUGACAAUCGAUACUGUAUACCGCAUAACUCAACCUUAUAAAAAUGUGCAAGAUCAAAAAAAAAAAAAAAUAUGAGUAUUUUACAGCAGUAAAAUGUAUUAUACUGUUCUCAUCUGUGAAAUGGUAGUUUGUGUGAAAAAUGCAAAAAAACUAAUAUAAACGCUCAUUUUAGCCAGGGUUUGUGACUAAGUGGCUACUAAAAAUGACUGGACAUACCCCAUUUUGAGUACCGUGGGUUGUCUACUUUUACAAAUGGUAUGCCAUGAUGGGGUUAAUUUUCAUUCCUGGGCUGCCAUACGGUCUCAAAAGCAACAUAGGCCCAACAAACCAAUCUGGCAAAUUUCAACGCGCAAACAUGGAAAAGGGGAAAGCCCUACAUUUGACCCCUGUAAGUUUGCAAAAACCCAUAAAACCUGUACAUAGGGACAUGGGAGAUGUUGCUGAACACAUAUUGUGGAACAGGAACUGAGAAUCCAUGCCUCAAGUACAAUGUGAGAGAAAAAUAAGACAAACAAAUGACUACCCAAAAGUUUGACAAAGACUGGUGGUAGAAUUAGUGCAUGGAAAGUGUUAAAAUAACAUUAUUUGGGGGCGUGGCUAACCACGGAGCAAAAUGGCAGCAUGAAAACUUGCUCUGGCACCAGGGCACCUAAUCCAGCAUAAUCCUACAGCCUAAAGCUGCAUCCAACAAGAUAGACCGACAAUGUCCCACCACAAAAGCAAGAGGAGCUCGGUGAAGCUGGAUAAGCUCAAUUUUUUUAGCCAGAAACAAACUUCUGCGGCCCUGGCUACGCAGGCCUCAAAAGCAGCAGAGGAUCCUGAAUCGGAUGACGGCACGCACGAUACCGGCUUGGAGGCAAGAUCAGAUACAACACAGAUCACUAAGGCUGACCUUACAGCAGCCCUGGAGGUCCUGUCUGCUAAGCUAAUCACCACAUGGCAACACACAGCAGACUCCUUACGGAAGGACAUCCAGGAGCUGGGACGCAUAUGGAGGAUAAAUGUGACGAAUUUGCCACGGCGCACAAUGAUCUGGCCACGAAUGUUGAACGCAUGGCAGCAAAGAUUAACAUUAUGGAAGAAAAAAUGGCGGAUAUGGAGGACCGGUCCCGCCGGAAUAAUCUACGCCUGCGAGGAGUUCCUGAAGAUGUCACUACCGACGACUUGCCGGCUUAUGUCAGGAACCUCCUGCACGCCCAUGCACCGGAGAUACCCACAGAUAUGCUGCUGGUAGAUCAGGCUCACCGCAUCCCGAAACCCCGUCAUCUCCCACAAACGGUACCGCGAGACAUACUGUUGCGGGCACAUUAUUUCCACAUAAAGGAACACAUCCACCGGAGCAGCAGACUGAGAGCUAAGCCGCCGGCUGACUACCCAACGGUCAAAAUUUAUACGGACCUAUCAGCCGCCACACUACGGAAAAGGAAAGACUUCCAUUAAGUCACCGGCACGUUGAGGUCUCACGGCAUACGGUAUAGGUGGGGAUUCCCCACAAAAUUGAUCGUCACGCAAGUGUAGCGUUACUCACCUUCUCCAGGGGCCGGCCGCGGUCCUCUCUUCAAGCCGCGCGCGGUCAUGCUGCUGCACGAGCCGCGCGCGGCUCAUCCGACGGCUCCACUAGCAAGGCGGGCAGUGACCGCGAGAAGCGGUCACGUGUCCCGCCUGAAUCUAAGAGCGCGCCGCGAGUCUCGGGCGCGCUCUUAAAGAGACAGUGGGAGCCUAAAUUGUCAAAAGGCUCCCAUUGGCCCCUGUCAUACCACACUCCCCAUACACUUACCUUUUGGGGGUGUGGAUAUGACAGGAGCCAAUCACAUUAGUUUUGAAGCUAUUUAAACUUACCUCUCCCUCUACUCCCUGCCCUAUCGUGGUUUCUGUAUCAGUUCCCUUUAGCGCUUGUUGUGUUCAGUUGUGUUUCUCCGUAUUGACCUUGGCUUUGUUUCUGACUACGUUUUCUCUUUAUCCUUCUGUUCUGGUUGUCGGCUUGUUGUUUACUGUGUACCAGACCCCGGCUUGUCCUAGUUUACGCUGUCUCUCUGUGCCCUUGAUUUCGGAUCGUUCCUGACUCUGUCUCCUCUCAUAUACGUCGAGUCCGGCCAUUCUAAGGUCCGGUAGACGUAUCUCUCCUCUGUGUUGUCUUCUGUUUAGCUGAAUCCUGCGUGUUGGGGUAUAUUCUCGUUACAUUACGAUAGGGCCAUGGACCCCGCAGAUUUGGCUCAGCAAAUGGCUUCUCACGAGGCAAGAUUUGUAGAGCAGGAUCACCGUAUGGAUCAGAUAGCACAGGCUCUCCAGACGCUCUUAUCUAGAACCAUUCCUGCAACCGCACCUAACCCUCCCACACCUCAUCCUCCCGAAGUAUCCAAUUCAACCAAUGCUUCGCCCCAUUUAACACCUCCUCCUAGGUAUGGAGGGGAAGCCAAGACAUGCAGAGGUUUUAUUAAUCAAAUAGAAUUCCACUUUGAGAUGUAUCCUCAUUCCUUUCCCACUGAUAGGUCUAAAGUGGGGUUUUUGAUGCAUCAACUUACUGACAAAGCACUAGAGUGGGCAAAUCCUAUUUGGGAGGCCAAUGGACCUAUGGUUCAUGAUUUCAAUAGUUUUCUUGCGGCUUUUCGUAGAACUUUUGACACAACAAAGAGGUCAAAGAAUGCCGCAAGAGCAUUAAUGAGGAUUAAACAGGGGUCUAGGUCUGUGGCGGAUUAUGCUAUUCAGUUUCGUACCCUUGCUUCACAGGUAGAUUGGACCAAUAAUGGGUUAACUACUGCGUUCAUGGAAGGUUUAUCUGACACUAUAUUAGAUGAGGUAGCGGCAAGGGAGCUUCCUAUUCCAUUAGAGGAUCUUAUUGACUACCUCAUUGAUAUAGAUAAUAGAAUUCGCGACAGGCUCUAUACCAAAAACAAGAAUAGACGUCUGGUCACAUCUAUUAACCCCAGAGUUGAUAAACCUGAGAGUGUUAAAGUAUCCGAGGAGGAACCCAUGCAAUUAGGGGUUGCCAAACUCUCGGAUACUGAAAAACUACUUAGAAGAAGGAAUGGACUCUGCCUAUACUGUGGUAGGCGAGACCAUAUGGUAAGGGAAUGUCCUUUGCGUCCGGAAAACUCUCGCACCUAAGACCUUAUAGGGGACUGGCCUUGGGUGUGAUCUCUAAGUCUCCUAAAUUGCCUCCUAAUCGUUUGCUUCUCCCUGUUUCCCUUCAUACGGGGGUGAGUUGUAUAGCAGAAUGCAUACUAGCCUUGGUUGAUUCUGGGGCUGCUGAGAACUUCAUUGACUGAGUUUGUUACAAAAAAUAACAUUCCCGUCAGAGAAAGGGAGAUACCCUUGGCCAUUGAGGCCAUAGAUGGUAGACCUUUAAAAACUCCAGUCGUUACCCAUGAAACUGUACCAUUAUUCAUGUACACAGGGGUUUUACACUUUGAGACCAUUCGGUUUCAGGUUAUCACCUCUCCCUCUUCUCAUAUCGUGUUAGGGUACCCAUGGUUGUGUUCUCACAAUCCCAUUUUUGACUGGGAAUUGGGACAAUUAAAAUCAUGGGGUAAAACCUGCCAUGACUCUUGUAUGAUUAAAGUCACCCCUUUAAAUACCAUUAAUGUUCCUACCACUCCUCCUUUGUCUACUGUUAUACCUCCUCAGUACUUGUUUCUCAAAACUGUAUUCGAUAAAAGGGAAGCUGAUAAAUUACCGCCUCACAGAUCCUAUGAUUGUGCUAUCGAUUUAUUGCCGGGCACUAUACCUCCUAAGGGCAGGGUGUACCCCUUAUCUAUUCAAGAGAACCGUAUCAUGGAGGAGUAUGUUAAAGAAUCACUAGAAAAGGGGUUCAUUAGGAGAUCCUCUUCUCCGGCUGGAGCAGGGUUUUUCUUUGUAUCUAAGAAAGAGGGUGAUUUAAGACCGUGCAUUGAUUAUAGAGGUCUAAACAAAAUCACUAUCAAAAAUGCAUACCCUAUACCUUUAAUUACAGAGUUAUUUUGACAGGCUGAAACAUGCUACUGUGUUCACCAAAUUGGACCUUAGAGGUGCAUACAAUUUAAUACGCAUAAAAGGAAGGUCACGAAUGGAAGACUGCAUUCAACACUAGAUCCGGUCAUUACGAAUAUACUGUUAUGCCAUUUGGUCUUUGCAAUGCCCCAGCAGUAUUUCAGGAAUUUAUUAAUGACGUCCUAAGAGACUUUAUUCACACAUUUGUAAUUGUAUAUUUGGACGACAUAUUGAUAUAUUCUACAGAUUUACACACUCAUCACAGGCAUGUCACAACGGUAUUGAAGACCCUUCUUAAUAAUGGUCUUUACUGUAAACUAGAAAAAUGUUUAUUUGACCAAUCUGAAGUCCAGUUCUUGGGGUAUUUGAUUUCCGCCAAAGGGUUUCGUAUGGAUCCCCAGAAGCUUUCUGCGGUUAUAGAGUGGCCUCUACCACAGGGUUUGAAAGCAAUUCAACGUUUUCUUGGUUUCUCUAACUAUUAUAGACGCUUUAUUAAGGGUUUUUCUUCUAUUGUAGCACCUAUUACCCGUAUGACAAAAAAGGGUGGUAAUACUCGUGUCUGGUCUCCCGAGGCACUUCAGGCUUUCGACUUUCUUAAAACUACAUUCGCCUCGGCACCUAUUUUACAGCACCCUAUCCCCUCACUGCCUUAUAUUCUUGAAGUUGAUGCUUCUGAAAUCGGGGUAGGUGCUGUUUUGUCCCAAAGAGAAUCGCCUGAAAAGCCAUUGCAUCCUUGUGGCUUCUUUUCUAGACAAAUGUCCAAAGCUGAAAGGAAUUAUGAUGUGGGUAAUCGUGAACUCCUUGCUAUUAUCUUAGCCCUUAAAGAAUGGAGACAUCUGUUAGAAGGAACUAAGGAUCCUAUUCUAAUUUUUACUGAUCACAAGAAUCUAUCCUACCUUGGUGAAGCUAAAAGAUUAUCUUCUAGACAGGCCAGAUGGUCACUAUUUUUGUCCCGUUUCAAUUAUAUUAUCACCUAUAGGCCAGGUGAUCGCAACAUUAAAGCAGAUGCUCUGUCCAGACAGUUCAAAACUACUGACAAACAGGAGGUUGAUGUUACUCCUGUCAUUCCCCCAGACAGGAUAAUAGCCACUACUAUGUUGUCUAUUUCUUCAUCCCUCUUGCAGACCAUACAGGCAAAACAAAGUAUGGCACCUAGCGAGAGGCCUAUUGAUAAAUUGUUUGUUGAUGUUCCCGAGAGACGGGAGAUUCUGUCAUUAUAUCAUGAUACUAAGACUGCUGGACAUCCUGGUAUUACCAAAACGAUGUCAGCCAUUUCUCGAUAUUUUUGGUGGGGUUCCUUACGUAAGGAUGUCACUGACUAUAUAAGUGCUUGUACUACUUGUGCAUGUAUGAAAACGUCUCGUAGAGUUCCUUGUGGGCUUCUGCAUCCCUUACCAGUUCCCGAGAGACCUUGGUCUAACCUAUCCAUGGAUUUUAUUGUUGAAUUACCCCCUUCGAAUGGUAACACAGUCAUCCUGAUGAUAGUAGAUCGGUUUUCCAAGAUGGCUCACUUUGUGUCUCUUAGCAAGUUGCCCACAUCCAAGAAACUGGCUCUUAUCUUCACUAGAGAAGUAUUUCGGUUACAUGGUAUUCCUGUAUCUAUUGUGUCCGAUAGGGGUAGCCAAUUUAUUUCCAGGUUCUGGAAAGCCUUUUGCUCAGAAAUGGGUAUUUCUCUCUCAUUUUCUUCCACUUACCAUCCCCAGUCUAAUGGAGCUGCUGAACGUGCCAACCAGUCUCUGGAGCAGUACCUUCGUUGUUUUGUGUCUCACCAUCAGGACAAUUGGUCUGACCUACUUCCUUGGGCUGAGUUUGCUCGGAAUAAUGCCACUCAUGAUUCUUCCGGCAAAAGCCCUUUUUACGUUGUCUAUGGCCAGCAUCCCGUUGUUCUUCCGGCUGCAUUCUCCUCACAGGGCAUGCCAGUUCUGGAUGAGCAUUUGGCUGGUUUGCGUAAUACUUGGGAGCAGGUUCAGCGUUCUUUGGUGGAUUCCGCUGCUCGCCAGAAGGCUCAGGCUGACAAGCAUCGCAGGGCGGCUCCUACUUAUGUUGUGGGGGACAGGGUUUUGCUUUCCAUGCGGAAUAUUCGCCUGCGGGUGCCUUCUAUGAAAUUGGCUCCCCGCUUCAUAGGUCCUUAUCGUAUACUGCAUAAGGUUAAUCCUGUUUAAUACGCCUUGGGUCUUCCUAGGAAUCUGCGUAUUCCUAAUGUAUUUCACACUUCAUUGUUAAAACCUUACGUACGCAACCGCUAUACCCGGCAUUCUCCGCCUCCCCCUCCUGUCUCCGUGGAGGGCCAUGAGGAAUUCGAAGUCUCUGCUGUUCUUGACUCUCGUUACCUUAGGGGUCGACUUCAGUACUUGGUGCAUUGGAAGGGUUAUGGGCCUGAGGAGCGCAGUUGGAUGUUAGCUGAUGCUGUUCACGCUCCCCGCCUUGUGCGUUCUUACCAUUCUUGUUUUCUGGCCAGGCCUGGCCCUACCCGCCCGGAGGGCGUGUCCUCGGGGAGGGGUACUGUAGCGUUACUCACCUUCUCCAGGGGCCGGCCGCGGUCCUCUCUUCAAGCCGCGCGCGGUCAUGCUGCUGCACGAGCCGCGCGCGGCUCAUCCGACGGCUCCACUAGCAAGGCGGGCAGUGACCGCGAGAAGCGGUCACGUGUCCCGCCUGAAUCUAAGAGCGCGCCGCGAGUCUCGGGCGCGCUCUUAAAGAGACAGUGGGAGCCUAAAUUGUCAAAAGGCUCCCAUUGGCCCCUGUCAUACCACACUCCCCAUACACUUACCUUUUGGGGGUGUGGAUAUGACAGGAGCCAAUCACAUUAGUUUUGAAGCUAUUUAAACUUACCUCUCCCUCUACUCCCUGCCCUAUCGUGGUUUCUGUAUCAGUUCCCUUUAGCGCUUGUUGUGUUCAGUUGUGUUUCUCCGUAUUGACCUUGGCUUUGUUUCUGACUACGUUUUCUCUUUAUCCUUCUGUUCUGGUUGUCGGCUUGUUGUUUACUGUGUACCAGACCCCGGCUUGUCCUAGUUUACGCUGUCUCUCUGUGCCCUUGAUUUCGGAUCGUUCCUGACUCUGUCUCCUCUCAUAUACGUCGAGUCCGGCCAUUCUAAGGUCCGGUAGACGUAUCUCUCCUCUGUGUUGUCUUCUGUUUAGCUGAAUCCUGCGUGUUGGGGUAUAUUCUCGUUACAGCAAGAUGGAGAUACAGUGGUGAUACACUCCCCUGAGGACGGCCUAAAGAAACUACAAGCCUGGAACCUGCCGGUGGAGCCGACCGUCCAGUCUACACGACAAGCGGGCACACUCAAGCCGGACUGGGAAAAAGCUCACGGGAAACAUUGAAACCAGAUGGAAUCCUGGUACGCAGGUGAAAGCCCCUUUGGAUAUACAAUACCCAGAUAAUGUCUACGGAUAUACACCCUGACGUGCCUCUCCCUUCAAUAUGCAGAACCUGGGACGUACAGCACAAAGUUGGACACGAGCCUGUAACCUGGGAUCUCGAUGGAUGGGUGACUCCGGAUCGGGGCCUCCCGCUGUCCCUGUGACGAAGUGUGCGCAGAGCAGAGGAUACCUGCGGGGGUCCCCGGUCUGGACUAAUACCCUGGGAUGGCGGGCCCCUCCUCUCCCCCCCCCCUCGCCCCUUCACUUCUCCCCGGGUCUGUGUGUGCAGCGACCUGUGCAGCCUCCAACUCGGAUAUGCGGCAGGACAGUUUAAUGGAGUGAUGUGGAGCAUGCUACCACGACCUGAGGCCUGAGGUAGACCACGAGACUUUGGAGCUGCCGAGACAGGCUGCGGGACUAAAAGUGUUGCACGCUCCUACUAACAGGUCUGGCGGGGUAACGGGGAUGUUGUGGUCCGGGCCUGGAAUGUGUGGGAACUGUAGCGACUCCUGGGGAAUGUUUUGAUCUCUGGGGCGGGGGUGACGGGGGGCGGGCGGGGGUACCAGACGGCUAGCAGCGUAUAACAGUUAUUGCAUGUUAUGUUCUUAUUUCAGAAUGUUUGUGCUAUAGUUUACUGCUGAUACACACAUACAUAGGGCCCCUUUGUGCCAGACGCUAGUAGACACAGCAGGUCAAUCAGCAUAUGUGGUCCGAUCAUCCGAAACCGAUAGCACGCCAUAACACACUCUCUAACUCAGGUGAGAACGUCUGGUCCCUGGCCGUCCUUAACCCGUAGCGCCCACGUCGGGAUCCUACCCAGAGGCCUUGAUUGGCCCAAUCACAUAUCAGAAGCAGCACACAGUCACAAGUCAUGAGGGUGCCCAAAUAGCCACGUUAAUGGAAGGAAACUUUCUUUCCUACCCCCCAGAUGUGGUUAAUCCACAUAAAGUCCUUGAAAGGAACAUUCUGUACAUAGUUUUUACACCCUCCCCUAGUUAUUUUUCUCUAACCCCCAAACUCCCACGGUCGGCCGCAAAUCACCAAUGGAACUAAAACAUUUCCAAACCCAUACUACUACCUAUCUGUGCACAUUAUGCAACUCUACGUCACCGUUACAUUCAAGUCAACAUGUAAAACAGUCGCACAGUACCCCCCUUCUCAACGAGGGGACCAUAACAGGCAAGGGCAAGUGAGAUCUAGGCAGCUAAAAUAUAUAACCCAUAUACAGUAUGAGAAUACAGACUAUUAAUGCACGUGGACUAAACACUCCACACAAAAGGAGACUCUUUAUUGAGGACGCGAAGCACGCUAAGGCAGAUAUCCUGUGCGUCCAAGAGACUCACUUUGCACACAACAGAGUGCCCAGAUUUGCAGACAGAGAAUACCCCACACAAUAUCACUCGACGUACUCAUCUAAAUCAAGAGGCGUCUCGUUUUUCAUACACACCUCAAUAGCAUUCGAACUUCUACGUCUCAAAAAACUCCCCAACACGCACCAAUCAUCCACAAUCAUAUGCGGGGACUUAAAUCACAUCUUGCAACCCCGAUUAGACACUACACUCUCGGACGCAUCACCUAGGUGCAAAACACUGGGCAAACAGGCUACAGCACUCACAAGGCUCAUCUCCGAGCACGGUCUCUAUGACAUUUGGAGGACACAGCAUCCGAACGAACGGGAAUUUACAUUUUACUCAUCUGUACAUAAAACAUACACCAGAAUUGACUUCAUACUAAUUUCGGGCGACAUGUUACCAAUGGCAACGCAUAGUGAGAUAGGAAACAUAGUCUGGUCAGAUCAUGCCCCAGUACAACUCACUCUAAGGGACAAAUUCCAGACCAAAGGGGCGACACUUUGGCGCCUAAAUGACACUCUCUUACAUAACCCAGAAUUUAAAACCAAACUUAACGAAGAGAUACUUUCGUUCUUUGCCUUAAACGAAACACCCGAUGUCUCAUUGGCCACAACAUGGCAAACACAUAAGGCAGUCAUACGGGGUCUCUUGAUUAGCCAAGCAUCUCACCUGAAUAGGCAAGCAAAGAAAGAGUAUAUAGACCUUUUGAGAUCACUUAGGGACGAAACGUCGGCACACAUCAUGCACCCAUCCCCCUCCGCACAGCAGCGCAUAGCUCAGCUUCAAGGGAAAUAGAACGACAUACACCUGCGUACCACAGCUAUCAUGUCACAUAGGAUGAAACUCAAAACAUACACACAGGGAAACAAGGCAGGGAAAGCAUUGGCAGCACUCCUGCGGCAGAAAAGGCAAAACGCAAGAAUUCCAUUUCUCUUGAACGCCAUGGGCAAUAAAAUGUAUAGCCCACAUGAUAUAAACGACACGCUGGUGGAUUACUAUGAUACGCUAUAUAACUUAAAAAGGGAUCAGCAUACACACCAACCACUCCUAAUGGAGAUAGACGCGUUUCUAACAGAAGUGCAACUACAACAACUACCGCAGGCAGAUCAGACUCUACUAGAAGAACCCAUUACCCAAAACGAAAUUGCACGCACAAUCAAAGCCCUCCCAAAAGGGAAGUCACCAGGCCCAGAUGGCUUUACGAACUUAUACUACAAGAUUUUCUCUCACAUUCUCACCCCCAAACUAGAAAAACUAUACAAUAAUAUUCUCACUACAGGCACUAUACCAAGCGAAAUGCUGUUGGCCCACAUAACUACACUGCCAAAACCAGGGAAACCCCCAAAUAAAUGCCAGAAUCUGCGCCCUAUAUCGCUCCUAAAUACUGAUUUAAAAAUAUUAGCGAAAAUUUACGCAAACAGGCUGGGAAACAUAUUACCAACACUGAUUCGAGAUGACCAAGUGGGGUUUGUCCGAGGCAGACAAGGCUCGGAUGGGACCAGGAAACUGAUCAACAUUUUACACAGGAUCCAGAAAACCUGGGCUCCCAGUGUGGCACUGUCACUGGAUGCUGAGAAGGCUACACUGGGGAUACCUGGAGGCUGUGCUGUGGAGAUUCGCCUUUCCCGGGUGUUUCAUCACACUAGUCUCGGCACUAUACGACAAUCCGACGGCAAAAAUAGCCAAUGGCGGGUUUACCUCCAAACCUUUCCACAUCUCAAAUGGGUCCAGACAGGGCUGCCCACUCUCACCCUUACUAUACAUACUAGCACUAGAACCCCUGGCCCAACACAUUAGGGAUUCACACGAUGUCCAUGGAAUACAAAUAGGGGGAGAAACACACAAGAUUACCCUAUUUGCCGAUGAUGUAAUGCUCACAUUGUCUAAACCUGACAUCUCUCUGCCGCAGCUUCGAACUAUACUGACUAACUUUAGCAACUGCUCAUAUUACAAGCUCAAUAUUACUAAGACACAGGCUAUGGGCCUCAACAUCCCUAAAGCACAACUUACCCACCUACAAAGCACACACACAUACGAUUGGCGAACCGACCAUUUACCCUUCCUAGGUAUAUACCUCACACCCAAGACACAAAAGCUGUAUAAAGCGAAUUAUUUAAAACUACUUAGCGCAAUUAAACAACAACUACACAGCUGGAAAGGGAAAUACAUCUCAUGGCCAGGCAGAAUAGCGGCAGUAAAAAUGAUGGUACUACCAAGACUACAGUACCUAUUCAGAACACUCCAAAUACAGCUACCACGCCAGUUUUUAAAGAUGCCCAACAUUCCUUAAAUCAAUUCAUAUGGGACGGAAAACGACCUAGAACGGCGGCCGACACCAUGUAUAGGCCCUUCAAGGAGGGGGGAAUGGGGGCUCCUGAUAUCGCAAACUAUUACACGGCGGCCAUGAUGAGCACACUCAUAUCCACCCUCUAUCACACAACUCCGCCAAAGUGGAGUCACAUGGAAACUGCAAACACAGGCGGACUCUCGAUGUCCAUCCUAGCUUGGAUACCUAGGCAUCUGAGACCGAAAUACAUGGAUAUAUGCCCAACUACGGGGGCAACAUUCCUCGUAUGGGACAAAUACGCCAAGAAACACUAUCCCACCUCAUACAUAUCCCCAGCACUAUAAAUUCCAGCGUUCCAACUCCUCAUUCCGGGGUUUGACCAUGGCCUAUGGUGUAAACAUGGAGCCACACGUCCACACGUCUAUCUCACUUAAUGAGGGAUGGUCGCUGUGGCGAAACCAGCCUCGCCACUGUCGGAGCCUGGUUGCUCGCCUGCUCCCUUUAGACUAUGGCCCGGCAGUUAAAACCUUUUAUUUUCCCUGCAAAGCGUAUUCAUGCCUUUCUGUAGACUGUUAAAGCCAUGCUACCCCAGAUAGCUAUGCCAUGGAGCCCAGCCGUAUAUUGAAAGACUGUAUGAAAGACUUUGGCUCCAUGGUGAUUGAACUGUAUUUAUGUGAUCUGAGCGCCAUUCGGUAGUAAUGUGCACUCAGAUCUAAGCUAUCUGGGGAUAUGUAGAAUGUCUAUGUUUUAUGGAAUAAAUGUAUAAAUGGAAUAAAAGGGAGCUGAAGGUGCAGUCCUUCCUCCCCAGCGGCAGAGUAAGUCCCAGGGAGCUGAAGGUGCAGUCCUUCCUCCCCAGCGGCAGUGUGUAUCCCAGGGAGCUGAAGGUGCAGUCCUUCCUCCCCAGCGGCAGUGUGUAUCCCAGGGAGCUGAAGGUGCAGUCCUUCCUCCCCAGCGGCAGUGUGUAUCCCAGGGAGCUGAAGGUGCAGUCCUUCCUCCCCAGCGGCAGUGUGUAUCCCAGGGAGCUGAAGGUGCAGUCCUUCCUCCCCAGCGGCAGUGUGUGUUCUUAGGAGAGGAGACAGUUGGUCCCUCUCCCCAGCGGUCAAGUGAGUCCCAGGGAGCUGAAGGUGUCAUCCUUCCUCCCCAGCGGCAGAUUGUAUCCCAGGGAGCUGAAGGUGUCGUCCUUCCUCCCCAGCGGCAGAGUGUCCUGCAGGGAGCAGAGACCGUCAGUCUUGCACCCCAGCAGCAGGACAAAAUAUUGAAAGGGGAGACAGCUGGUCCCCCUCACCACCAGCAGAGAGAGUGUCACGGAGAGGAGCCUGCUACCCCCUCUCCCCAGCGGCAGGUUACAGUUCAGAGAGAGGAGCUUGUCACACCCUCUCUCCAGCGGCAGCCUAACCCACCAAGGGGAGAUGUUACACCCCCCAACAGUGCAGAUGGGACCGUAGUCUUUGCACUUGCAGCACAAGAGGUAGGGACGGUCAGUCCUGUCCCGCAGCCCCAGAGCUGUGUACCCAGAGGGGAGACGGUCGGUCUCCCCCUCCCACAACCAGGCUACUUCAGUGGUAGCGCUGGCAUCAGGGCAGAGUACCGCUGGUCUCCGCCCACUCAGCAACCCACCAAGGCAGUCUACCAGCUCCCCGCACAGCCGUGGUGAGGAACCUGGACAAGCUGCUACUUUAUCCAGGUGGGGUAAACAUUUAUUGUGGGUGGGAGGUACUGCUGUUUUCGCUUCGUGGGUGGGUUGCUGGACUAACCAGGGCACUGACCGACAGGAGGUCAGAUACCCUGUUAGUCUGGAUGGUAAAGGGGAGAAAUGUGGCGAAACCAGCCUCGCCACUGUCGGAGCCUGGUUGCUCGCCUGCUCCCUUUAGACUAUGGCCCGGCAGUUAAAACCUUUUAUUUUCCCUGCAAAGCGUAUUCAUGCCUUUCUGUAGACUGUUAAAGCCAUGCUACCCCAGAUAGCUAUGCCAUGGAGCCCAGCCGUAUAUUGAAAGACUGUAUGAAAGACACUGGCUCCAUGGUGAUUGAACUGUAUGUAUGUGGUCUGAGCGCCAUUCGGUAGUAAUGUGCACUCAGAUCUAAGCUAUCUGGGGAUAUGUAGAAUGUCUAUGUUUUAUGGAAUAAAUGUAACUGUAUGUAAUUUUAUGUCUUUUAUUGUAUUGUUACUGCCAUGUGGUUAAUGGAGUCUUGCCUCUGUCCUGGGAGAUAAUUGUAUUACUUCACAGUUAUCUCCUGGACAGAGAGGAGGAAUUGUGAUGUAAAUGUGGGUGUGUUUUAUGGUUCCCCUGUAACGAUUGGUUGUACUGUGUCCCACCCUGUGGGAUGUCCCCUUGCAUGGGGACUUGCAUAAAAGCCAGUGUGUGGCCAUUACAGAGAGUUCCUGUUUUAACCCUCAAAGUGAAGUGUCGUCUCAUUAUUGGGGGAAGGAUUUAUUGUAUGCUGUUCCAGUUUGACUGCUAGGAGAGUAAACCUAUUCGUAUGGUUCCUAUUCAACUGUCUACAGCAUUCUUAUGCAUGAGAGGAUUCAUAUGCUUCUCCGGUUCGGUGGUUGUGGUGUCUGCUGCAGUGCUUGGAGUCCUCAGGAAGCGCUAGGAGCAUCCUUUAACGGAGGUACCCAGUUGGGGUGCCAGGCGAUCCGUUACAGUCGCCUACUGGACUUUAGUUCUCUAACCAGACAGUAUAACCUUCCUCCCAAAGCUUACUUCUCAUACUUACAAUUGCAGUCAUGGGCGAGAAAAAAUAUAGGUCUAGAUGCUGCACAAACGCAAGUACCGACAUUGACAGAGAUAGAAAAAGUAUGUAUGGCCCCAAAACCGCCACAGAAAAUGCUGUCACUCCUGUAUAAACUGACCAAGAAACAAGAUCAACCACAGAAACUAAGUUUCAUGAAGGCAUGGGAAAAAGAUCUAAACCUGACUAUACCCAAUGAUGUAUGGUCAAAAAUACUGAUGGCACACAAAAACCUCACGCUAAACACAUCCCAUAUUGAGAUUAGCAGGAAAGUGCUAUAUCGCUGGUACAUGGUACCUACUAGGCUGCGCAAAAUUGACCCAAAUAAGUCGGGGUCAUGCUGGAGAUGUUUGAAGGAGCCGGGGUCAAUGCUCCAUAUUUGGUGGACCUGCCCAGCAAUUAAGCCCUUUUGGUAAAGCGUUUCAGAUAUUAUAACUAAAUCCACUGGCAAUACCUUGCCACACUCUCCAGAAACGUAUUUACUGCUAGCCCUGCCACACAAGCUUUCAAAGGCUGACACAUACCUAACAUACCACAUUAUUAUCACAGCACUGAUGGCUAUAAGCAGGAUCUGGCUGAGCGCACACUCACCUAGCAUUCAACGAUGCCUAGAUAUGAUAGACACUACCCAAGUGUAUGAGAUAGAAGCUAGGCGUUUGAGGUCAGCAAACAAAGUCUGGCAAACAGCGUGGCAAACAUGGGGAACAUGGCGACAAAAAUGUCACACAUAAAUGUAGUCCUACUACAAGCUGAUAUUCGGAAACACUUCCUGACGAUCCAAACCGACCUUUUCCCUCUACCCCACCUUCCCCGCCUCUCACUCCCCCCCUAUCAGCACAAUGGUGCUACCUAGUCGCAAGGCUAGGUUAGUUGUCUAAUAGCACUGGUGCAGCUGCAGGUUAAUACGUUAAAAUGUUAUGACAUUAAGACAAGGUAAUUUGUCUCUCCAGCAAUCUGUUGGGGAUCUCUAGUGUUAGAUGAAGUGUGAAGCACUUCCUCAAGGUAUAUAAGGCGAAAAAUGUUUACUGAUAUUCUGCAACUGUACAAUGAUUUGCAUCUGUUACUAUUAUUCCAAACUCAAAAAAUAUUACACAAAAAAAAAAUAACAUCAUUUGAAAUACCCUAGGGUGUCUACUUUUCAAAAAUAUAUGGUUUGAUGGGGAUAAAUUACAUUGGCCAGCUUCAAAAAUGUCCCAAAUAGGACAUGGGUGCGUGAUGACCAGCUGUGAAAAUUCAAAGUUGGAAAACUGGAAUGCGCACCCUCCAAAUAAGGUCUUUUAGCCCCAAGAGAACCCAACACGCCUAUACAUGGGUGGUAUCACUGUACUCUGGAGAUGUUACUGAACACAUAUUGGGAUAUUCUUUGGCAGUAAUCCUUAAAGUUCUCAGUACAUGUAUUCUUAAAUUGCUAUGUGUGUCAAAAAAAAAUCACCAAUUUUUUAAAAAAAAUAAAAAAUUAAAUUUGGCAUAGAUUGGUGGUAAAAUGGUUGCAUGAAAAGAAUAUACCCCAAGUUUAAUACCUUAGAUUGUCUUCUUUUAAAAAAUAUAUACAUUUGAAGGGUUAUUCAGGGAUACUUGACAGAUAGUGUUAUAAUGUAACUUUUGUUAAUUUUGAAAAAAAAUGGUUUGGAAAUAGCCAAGUGCUACUUGUACUUAUUGCCCUAUAACUUUGCAUAAAAAGCUAAGAACAUGUUAACAUUGGGUAUUUCUAAACUCAAGACAAAUUUAGAAACUAUUUAGCAUGGGUGUUUUUGGCGGUUGCAGAUGCACAACAGAUUUUGGGGGUCAAAGUUCGAAAAAGUGUGUUUUUUUUACUUUUUUCAUCAUAUUUUAAAUUUUUUUAUAGUAAAUUAUAUAUGAUAUGAUGAAAAUGGUAUCUUUAGAAAGACCAUUUAAUGGCGAGUAAAACAGUUUAUAAUAUAUGUGGGUACAGUAAAUGAGUAAGAGGAAAAUUACAGCUAAACACAAACACCGCAGAAAUGUAAAAACAGCCCUGGUCCCAAACGGUAAGAAAAACUGUCUGGUCACAAAGGGGUUAAAAACCUAAACAUUCCAAAGGACGUAGAAUGGAACAUUAUAUCACAUUUUCUGUAUUAAUUUACAUUAAUUAUCUGCAUUAAAGGGACACUAGAGUCACCAGAAGAACUACAGCUUAUUGUAUUUGUUCUGGGGAGUACAAUCCCUUCAGAUUUUUGCAGUAAACACUAUUUUUUCAGAGACAAUGCAGUGUUUAUAUUACAGCCUAGGGAUACCUCCACUGGCCACUCCUCAGAUGGCUACUAGAGUGGCUUCCUGGGGCAGUGUUGCACAGUGCGACUGACAUUCAGUGUUUCCACCCUCUGCAUGGAGACAUUGAACUUUCCUCAUAGAGAUGCAUUGAUUCAAUUCAACUUUAUGAGGAGAUGACGAUUGGCCAGGGCUGUGUUUGACUUUUGUUGGCUCUGCCUCCUGGACAAGUUCAAAUAAUCCUAUGUGAAAGCAUUGUGAUUGGCUCAGAGAAUUACUUCUGAUGAUGUCAGCCAAGCAGGCAGAUCAGGGGCAGAGCCAGCAGCUGCAGACUUGAACAAAAGUAAGAUGUUACUAUAUUUAGGGAGGCAGUCGGGGCCAGCAGAGGCUAGAUGGUGGUUUUAACACUAUAGGGUCAGGACCCUAAAGUUAUCUUUUAACUUCAUUCAUUGUCUUUGUUUAUCUCCAUGAGAACAUGUACAAUGUGUUCCUUCACACUACUUCAUUUACAUUUUCUUUUGUUUUCCAAAUCAUAUUGGCAACUUUUCUGCAGCCACCUUUCUCUACGUGUCACCACCCUCUUUUAUUGGUGUCUAGCAGGGUUAUUUACCAAUGUAAGAACUCAAAGUGAAUUUCAAAUUGAAGAAGAAUUAGCCAAAUUGGAAGCAUCACUGACUUGGCAAUGUGUCCAGACCGGCUAUUCUUUAUCUUGAAUAACCCUUUAAGAUGCUCGGUGUUUCCCACCGAAUAGAGACUGCUCACCUUACGGCACAUAAACCUCACUAAAGUGUGCUGUUUAGGGAAUGGACCCGAUGGCCAGUUUGUUUGGUUCUUUUAGAUGUAGCUUCAAGGGAUACUCCAAACACCUACAGCAGGUUAACUUGCUGAAAAGCUUUAUGUGUGAAGACUGUGUUUUCUCUUUUUCAUUUUAGAUAAAGUUCAGAUUGAAAUUUAAAAAAGGUCUCAUUGAGCUGCAUUGGGAGUCUGUGAUUGGACAGCCACAGAAAGUCUGGGCGGGGUUAGAAGGGGAGGGCUUGCAAAGGUUGCAGACAAAAGAAAUUUAAAUGCAUGCAUAUUUCAUUAGGGGUAUAUCUACUAAACAAUGAUUUUUAUUUGGGUAGUGGAGUGUCCCUUUAAAAGGUAUAGUAAUUGAUAUCACAAUCUAGUUACGUCCAGGCAAAGCCAGGGCACGCACUGAAGAACAGAAAUAGAAGCAUUAUGUAGUUUCUCCUGUUUCGGUUUGGUUUCUCUAUGCGGACUGCCAGGUGCAAAGCACAGAGCUUAUAACAGUGAUUGACAGGAAGCUAAGAUAGAAGCACCAAGUUGCAGGUAAAAUAAGUGUGGAAUUCUACAUUUAAUAUUAUACUUGUCACGUGUCACAAAUAACAGUUUUUCUAUGAUUAGGUUUGCUUAACCCCUAUAUUUAACAAACGUGAUAGUUCCCUUUUAACUUGAAUUCUACGGUAUGCCAUCUGUAACAUGCAUUAUUUUUUAACUUGCUGUUUUCAGAGAAAUUGACCUAUUAUAUUUCUCUUGCCUUCUCAGGGACUUGGAGUGACGGCCGUCAUGGUCAGGAUUCGAAUUAAUGUUCCUGUAGUGGUAAUUUUCCUGGUGUUUCAAACCGUAUUCUUGCUCCUACUGUACCCCAGACACAAUGUCUUUCUACAAAACACAGAUGAGAAUCCUGAAAAGGUCCACAUCCUCAUUCUGUCCUCCUGGAGGUCUGGAUCUUCAUUUGUUGGUCAGCUUUUCAGCCAGCAUCCCAACGUCUUCUACUUGAUGGAGCCAGCUUGGCACGUAUGGGUGUCCAUGUUUCAAAAUAGCGCCCAUGUUCUCCACAUGGCCGUCAGGGACUUGGUCCGAUCAGUCUUCUUGUGUGACAUGUCUGUGUUUGAUGCCUACAUGCCAAAGGAGAGGAACGUCUCGUACCUAUUUCAGUGGGCAGUAAGCCGAGCUUUGUGUUCUUCUCCCGCAUGUGACGUGUACAUACAUGAUGGAAUCACAAGUGAAAUGUCCUGCAAAUCACAAUGCGGACACUAUCCUUUCAGUAAAGUUGAGCAAGCUUGCAACAUGUACAGCCAUAUUGUGAUUAAAGAGGUCCGUGUCUUUGAUCUGAAAGUGCUGUAUCCCCUUCUGAUGGACCCUUCUUUAAAUUUAAAAAUCAUCCAUUUAGUUAGAGACCCCCGAGCGGUGGUCAGAUCUCGUGAGCAAUCGGCAAAGGCUUUAGCCAGAGAUAAUGGCAUUGUCCUCAACACCAGCGGCACAAAAACGGAUGACACCAAGUAUGAAGUAAUGCAGGAAAUCUGCCGCAGUCAUGUCCAGAUGUAUGAAACAGCCAAGUUCAAGGCCCCUAAAUUCCUUAAAGAUCGGUAUAGGUUAGUGCGCUACGAGGAUGUGGUUCGUGACCCCUUGAGGGAGAUCACAGAGAUGUAUAAAUUUGCAAAUCUGAAAUGGAUCAGCAAGCUUGAGAGCUGGAUCUAUAAUAUCACUCACGGUCAAGGUCCAGCGAAGAAAAGUCAAGCCUUUAAAAUUACAUCCCGGGAUGCUAUGAAUGUAUCUCAAGCAUGGAGGACCUCUCUGCCCUUCAGUAAAGUCAAGAAGAUCCAGGAUGUAUGCAAAGGAGCAAUGAACCUGCUUGGGUACCAACUAGUAGACUCCGAGGCGGAACAGAAAGACCUGUCUAAUGAUGUUGUGUUGCCAAGGCGACAGUAUCAUUUCAGUUGGUUACCUUUUAAGGAGAAGAAAUAAAAUAAAUAUAUAUUUUUUAAUUUAUUAAUUCAAACUCUGCAAACUGUAGAAAAUUUAAUGUGGUAGACGGAUAUUCAGGUUUAUUACAGGAAAAAUAAUAAUCUGCAACUGACUGCUUUUACCAGCGGUAGCAGGAUCAAUCAACGUUAAUUUAAACAUUUGUAAUUAUAUUGUACAAAGUAGACAGAUGGUUAUAUUGUUUAUAUUAUGGGUUGUUGAAUGAAAACAAUGUCUUAAAGCAAAAUGACUGCUCUACAAAAUACAAGGAAACACAGAAACAUAGAAUGUGACGGCAGAUAAGAACCAUUCGGCCCAUCUAGUCUGCCC